AUGGGUAAUGUAAAAGGUACGUUAAAUAUGGAAAAUAUGCCUGCUGCCUAUAUGAAACGAUUUCAUCAAAAUACGAAUGAACCAACAAAAUCAUCUACAGUCAAGAAAGAACAUAAACGAAUCGAGUUAUCUGAAAGAGAUAUUGAUUUUCUUCGUUCACAAACAGGUCUUUCACCAGAUGAAAUAGUUAGUUGGCAUAAAAAAUUUUUUCAUGAAAAUCCUAAUGGUCACCUUGAUCGUUUUCAAUUUCGUAAAUUUUAUCGUAUUCUACGUAAUGAAUCACCUGAACGUUUAAAUGAUAUGUGUGAUCAUAUAUUUCGUGCAUUUGAUGUUGAUGGUAAUGGUUUUGUUGAAUUUGGAGAAUUUUUAUUAGGUUUUGCUAUAUGUUCACGUGGUGAUCUACGAUCACGUUUAGAUUAUGCAUUUGAAUGUUAUGAUCUUGAUUCAAAUGGAUAUUUAACUGAAGAUGAAAUCGAACCAGUUCUUCGAGCAAUGUAUACUCUUUUAGGUAUACAACAUAUUGAAGAUUAUCCACCAGAAGAAGUUGCAAAAGAUUUUAUGAAAAAAUUAGACAUAUCAAAUGAUGGUCGUGUAACGAAAGAUGAAUUUAUUUAUUUUCUUAUGAAAGAUGGAAUUUAUAGAAAUACAGUUAAUCCAUUUCGUUAA